AUGUCCAAUGGGCGCUCAUCCACCGUGGUCGGCUUGAGUGGCCGAUUGCAGGGACUCAAGUUCAUGCAGCGUGCCAAUGCUCAACAGCAGCAGCAGCAGCAGCAGCGAGCUCCCGACCAAAGUGUCUUGGCCAGCACAAGCAGCUCCAUCCCUCGCACUUCUAGAGCAUCAGCGUCCCCGCAAUCUUUCGCGAGAGCGUCAACGAGCGCCCAAACGCCCGCGGCCGCGCCCGCGUCCGCGCCACAGCCUGUGACCUUGAUUGCGACGCAAGCACGCCAAGGCAAGGAUGCAUCGCAAUCGGACGAAGAGUGGUGCAUGCCAUCUGCUCGAUCUGCUUCAGACAGGCCUACAUCUUCCGCAGUCAAGGUGGAGCACGAACCAGCUUGGUCCUCCUGGCUUGCCAGUGCCGGUGCUGGCUUGAAGACGGAGCAUGAUCCUGUAGACCUCGACGUCCAUGCAUCCGCCCCGAGUCAGUCCACCCGCCGAUCUUUUGGUGCGUGGGCGCAAAAGAAACGUCAAAAGAGUCGCAAGGGAAGCGAGAGCGAUGCGGAGAGCGACGACGACGACGGCGACGACGACAAGAAAGGUGCCCGUGCGUAUGGCAAAUCGAGACGUCCAGCACGCUCGGCCGAUGCUCGCGUGGAUCGCAAGAGCGCAAAGGGGGGGCGAGCACCGCAGGGGGGGCUCGACAAAGUAUCGCUCGAUGAAGAAUCGCUGGACGAGAAAGAGGUGGAAGGGCUGGCGAUCAUCGAUGAGAUCAAAAGAACAGCUGGCCGUGCAUCGGGUGGCGCACAAAGGCACAGCGAUGGUGCCACCGCCAAGAAGCGCAAGCACAGCCAAGGUCGCGCUCACGCUCACGGCGAUACAGAUCGCACAUUCAAGAAACCAGGCAGGUCACCUUGGUAA